CGCUGCCGUGGCCGUUGCGGGGCCGUGGCCGUUGCGGGACCGUGGCGGCUCGGCGCCAUGCCGUACCUGGGCGGCGAGGAAACGGUGCGGGAGCUCCGGCGGGCCCUGUCCAACCCGCAUGUGCAGGCGGAUCGGCUGCGGUACCGCGCCGCCGUCCUGCGCGUUAUCCGGCACAUGGCGCGGGGCGAGGACGUGUCGGGGCUGUUCCCGGAGAUGGUGAAGGCCAGCGCGGCGGCCGACGUGGUGCAGAAGAAGCUGGUGUCGCUGUACGUGCGGGCGCAGGCCCCGCAGCAGCCGCAGCUCGCCUUGCUGGCCGUCAACACGCUGCGCAAGGACUGCGCCCACCCCAGCCCCGCCGUGCGGGGGCUCGCCCUCCGCAGCAUGUGCGGCCUCAGGAUGCCCGGCAUCCAGGAGUACCUGCAGCAGCCCCUCCUCAGCGGCCUGCGGGACAAGGCGUCCUACGUGCGGAGAGCGGCCGUGCUGGGCUGCGCCAAGAUGCUGAGGCUGCAGGGAGACUGCGAAGUGGAUGGUGCGUUGGUGAAUGAGCUGUACAGUUUGCUUCGUGACCAGGAUCCUAUUGUGGUGGUGAAUUGUCUCAGAGCCUUAGAAGAGAUCUUGAAGAAGGAAGGAGGGGUUGUCAUCAACAAACCCAUUGCCCAUCAUCUCCUCAACAGGAUGGCUGAUCUGGAUCAGUGGGGGCAAAGUGAAGUGCUCACCUUCCUUCUGCGUUACAAACCCCGCAGCGAGCAGGAACUCUUUGACAUCCUCAAUUUACUGGACGGCUAUCUCAAAAGCAGCAGCCCCAGCGUUGUGAUGGCAGCCACCAAGCUUUUCCUGGUGCUUGCCAGGGAGUACCCACAUGUGCAGGCAGAUGUUUUGGUGCGAGUGAAGGGGCCACUGCUGUCUGCCUGCACCUCUGAGAGCAGGGAGCUGUGCUUCACUGCGCUGUGCCACGUGCGUCAGAUCCUUGGUAGCCUUCCUGGCCAUUUUAGCAGCCACUACAAAAAGUUCUUCUGUUCGUAUUCAGAGCCUCACUACAUCAAAUGCCAGAAGAUGGAAGUGUUGUGUGAGCUGGUGAAUGAUGAAAACGUGCAGCAGGUGCUGGAGGAGCUCAAGGGCUAUUGCACUGAUGUGUCAGUGGAGCUUGCCCAAGGGGCGAUCUUUGCCAUAGGCAAUAUUGCUAGGACAUACACAGAACAGUGUGUGGGGAUUCUGACAGAGCUCCUGGGGCUUCAGCAGGAACACAUCACAUCAGCGGUGGUACAGGCUUUUCGGGACCUGGUUUGGCUGUGUCCCCAGUGCACAGACGCCGUGUGUCAGGCCCUGCCGACCUGUGAGGACACCAUCCAGGACAGUGAGGGCAAGCAAGCACUGAUCUGGCUGCUGGGCACACAUGGGGAGAAGGUACCGAAUGCCCCUUAUGUUUUAGAGGAUUUUGUGGAGAAUGUGAAGUCUGAGAUGUUCCCAGCAGUGAAGAUGGAGCUUCUGACAGCCCUGGUGCGACUUUUCCUGUCUCGGCCUGCUGAGUGUCAGGACAUGCUGGGGAGGCUGCUCUAUUACUGCAUAGAGGAGGAGAUGGAUAUGGCAGUACGAGACCGGGGAUUGUUCUACUAUCGCCUUUUGCAGUCUGGGGUGGAAGAAGUGAAACGAGUCCUGUGUAGCCCCAAGUCUGACCCUUCUCUGGGGCUCCUGGAAGACAAAACCGAGCGACCUGUGAACUCAUGGGCUUCAGAGUUCAAUACCCUUGCACCAGUUUAUGGCAGAGAACGUUGGGCACUCAUCACUGCUCAUCAGCCAGCAGAACCCUCUUACAUUGGUUCUACUGAUUCCAGGAACAGAGACACAGAGUCACUGCUUUCAGAAGGGAGUAAAGAAGUCCUCAAGGUUCACCCCGAUACAGGCAACCUGACCUUAAUUCCUGAUGUUUACCUGACUGCAGAACAGUUUGAGAAGAUCUGGCUGAGUUUGGACACGAGCUGCCAGCUCUCUCUGCCCUGGUCUGGGGCUGUUCAUCCAGACACCAUCCAGACAGCUCUGCACGUUGUCCACAUCCAGACUAUCGCCAUGAGCAAAGCUGGUGUCCAGCCCUGGAAAGCUUAUCUCAGUGCUCAGGAUGACACAGGUUGCCUCUUCCUCACUGAGCUCUUGCUUGAGGCAGCAGAUUCAGAGAUGCAGGUUUCAGUGAAGCAGAGAGAGGCAAAGCCAGAGGCACUGCAGACCUUUAUUUCAGCAUUAAGGACAGUCAUGGGGACAGUUGCAGGACUGGAGUCCUGAUUGUUCCCUGCUCCCAGCAGGAUGCCUGCUCAGGAGAAGUUUCUUUGCCUUCAUUUGCCAUACUUGAUGUUGGUUUUGUCACUUUGAAGCUGUGGGAGUGUUGGCAGCCCUUUGCUGGAGCAGAACUGGGCCUUAACAAGCACAUGUGGCAUGGGGGUAGCUGCAGCUGGUGCAUGGUGAAGGGUCUGUCCUCCUUCUGGGCUGGGGAAAGGACAGGUAAUGCAUUCAUGAGCCUGCUGCUUCUGGUAAGAGUCACCCAAGUGACCUAGAGUGAUUGUCACAAGACACUAACGUGCCUGAUGGAGCCAGAGAUGAGUUAGAGAUGAUUGCUGUUUUGCAUGAGAAUUGUAUUUCAAAACCAGUCUAUUUCUCUUUCAAGAGAGAGUAUUUUCCAGUUGAAGUGUGUUUACUGUAGUCAUCAAUCACCUUCCCUGAAAUUCCCCCCUUGGGGCUACUGUAAGAAAGGGUGCAGGUUGUGUGGGGUUUGUGGCUGCACCUCAGUGGCUGUGCCAGUGAGCUGUCAGUCCCUGGCAGAACCAGAGGAAGAACUGCUGUUCAGGUAAUUAACCAGGGAGAAAUACUCAUUUCUGCUGAUACUCACUUUUUUUUACCAUGUGUUGUUGUAACUAGAAUGGGCAUUGAAGGGUUUGUUUUCUGUCUAGUGCCUGUUGCUGUGCAGCACUGUCACCCUGUCCUCACAGCACAGUGCAAGAGAUGGUGCAGUCAUCUGUGGCUCAGGCUUUACAUUUCGAAAAGUGAUGCUCUGGCCUCAGGAGCUGUUUUUUGAAGAGCCUGUUGACAUCACUGCAUCUGCUCUCCUGGAAGCUACACUGAGUUGGACUUUCUGCAGUGUCAUGAAAAGUGUCCUUGUCACAGCCAUGUUUUUCACAGUGGCAGAAUGCUGAGGAAGGCUCCUUCUACUCUGACCUGGAAGGAGUGGCUUUGUUAACUCUGUUCUGGAAGAUUUCCUGUCACUUGUAAUUUAUUUCAAUGACUGUAUUGUACCUUUAAAUUGCAGUAUGCCCUUCAUGCACUUCACUGAAAAACUGUUGUCCCUGUUAAACAACAGGCUAAGGCUUUGUUUCCAAUAAAAAGUGAGUCAUCCCUGGCUGUUUCCUGGAA